GACCAAUCAGGAGGGCUGGUUGCACCUGGCAGGACUGAAGGGGGAUGAACCCAAUGCAUGAAAUGUGUGUUGGCUGAGGGCCAUUGAGUGUGGUGUAUAGAUAGUUUAUAAAGAUGGUGGUUUGUAUCUGUGGUUUGGCAUGAACUUGGAAUAGUCUGGACCUGGAUAAAGGAGGAGGUCAACUUUGGGAUUAAGUCUGGCCUCUUGUUAAUAGCCCAGGAGUCUGCAUGGUGUGGGAGCUUAUUAAAGACAUUUUCUGAUGGGAUGUCUCCAUUGAGAUUGUUUAGGCAGUGUGAUAUGCAAUCAGAGUUGUGAUCUGGCAAGACCUUGACUACAAGAACAACACUACCACCUGUGCUAGACACAGGCCACUAACUCACACAUUUUGAUUGUGAUUGCUGCUUCACUGUGAGCGUGGUGAGACAAUGGAAAAUGAAAUGCUUAACGACCACUCAGCCUCUUCCCAACAGCCCAUCCAAGCCCCGCUGCUUCAGCAAUCAUCCCCCAUCACAACCACAAUUACUGAAGCCUACGCAGCAGACAGUCAGCAGCAGCUGGAGACCUACCAUCACCAGCGGCACCAGCAACACAAGCAACAGCGGCAGCAGCACUCUGCAGCUGCCGUCUAUGUCCCAGAGGAUGUUGUCCUUCCACCGGAGUUUGAGCUGCGUGAAUCCUGCAUCCAGGAGGCUGGGCUUGGUGUGUUCUCCCUGGUUGAUAUUCCCGUUGGGGAACGGUUUGGACCUUUUGCAGGUGUGGAGAGAUCACUGGUCCAGGAUAUGCUGUGUGCAUGGGAGAUUGUUGAUGCUGAUGGCAGAGUCAGAUGUUGGAUUGAUGCCAGUGAGCCAGGGACUGGAAAUUGGAUGAAGUAUGUGCGGAGUGCUGCCACAUUUGAAGACCAGAACAUGGUACCUGUGCAGAUUGAAAACAAGGUGUAUUUCAAGGUGAUCCGUCCCAUAGGCCCUGGUAAGGAGCUCCUUGUGCUGAAGGAAGCAGCAUUCCCUGACCAGGAAGGCAUCCCCAUACAACUUGUAGAAGAAAAGAGAUUUCCAUGCAGUGACUGUCAGGAAGUAUUUCGUUCUAAAGUUGCCCUCAGACGUCACCAGAAAUAUGCCUGUCAGAACUCCAGUGCCAUCUUUACUGCCCAACAGUUCCACAACCACCAAGUCACCAGUGUGAAAUCUGAUGGAAGUGAGUCUGCAGCAGAUGGGCUAGAGGAGUCCAAGAGGUCCUCAAGUAAUGACUCAGAGGAGGAAGAUAGAGGGGACUGCAGUGAAUACCGAGCUAACCGGGACUUCCACUGUGACAAGUGCCCCAAGAGCUUCCACUGGAAGUCCAACCUGCUGCGGCACCAGAAUGAGCAUAGCAGUGACCACCAGUUCCCCUGUGAGCAUUGUGACAAGACAUUCUCAGACCCAAGCAACCUGCAACGCCACAUACGCACACAGCAUGUUGGUGCCCGCAGCCACGCUUGCCCUGAGUGUGGUAAGACCUUUGCCACCUCCAGUGGUCUGAAGCAGCAUACCCACAUCCACAGCAGCAUCAAACCCUUUAUCUGUGAAGUCUGUCUCAAGUCGUACACCCAGUUCUCCAAUCUGUGCCGGCACAAGCGUAUGCAUGCCGACUGCCGCACUCAACUUAAGUGCAACAACUGCAGUCAGAUGUUUGCCACUGUCACCUCCCUGAACAAACACCGCCGCUUCUGCCAUGGCAACCAGCUCCUGAACAACCAGAUCUCCACCACUCAAGCUGCCAGUGUGCCAUCAGUAGUCCGUAAUGGAAGCUGUCCUGUAAUGACCCCCAACCCUUCCCUAAUUGGGGUUGGUAUGCUGGGAGCAAAUAACCCUCUGCACCCAGCCAACCUGGCGCACCUCUGGAAUGCCAAUUUACAUUUAACCCACCAGGCUCUCUUACAGAAUAAUCUCCUUGGCUACCCAGGUUCAGAUAAGACCCCCCUUCCUAGCCAUCCUUACUUCAUGGGUUACUCUCCGAUGCCUACCCAGUCACCUCUUUUACCCAGCAACUUUAACAAGCAGAACCACACCUCAAGAAGUGGGAGUGGGGGAACAAGUCCCAAUGGAUCCAUUAACUCUGCUGAUGACUGGCUUAAGCAUUAUACCUCCACUGUCAGUCCAAGCAUGUGUGGGAUCCAGCCUGCUGAUGGACACCCAGCAAAAAUGAGGAGGGAUUACAAUGAGAAAGCAGAGAGUGAAGUCAGUGAUGGUAGCGAUGUGUCCAAUGUUAGCACCCCUACAGGCAGUGACCUGGAUUCUACCUCUGGCAGUGACCUUGACUCAGACAGUGAAGGUAACACAGAGAACAGGGCCCAUCGAAAAGUAGCCCACCGGCACAGCACCAACAGGAAGGAAUCACAGCCCCUAACACAACAGGCUGCAGGGAAUGAUGGAAGAUUGGAGAAUAGAGUAACAGCUAGUGAGCCAAUGAAAGCCAUUGCAUCCAUUGCCGAGAAAUAUUUUGGUGGGGCUUGUCCCGAAAAUGGUUUGAUGAAGUCACAAAUAAAGAGCAAUGGUCAAAGUGUUGACAACAGGCUCCGACAUGAAGCUCGCUUCCAUCUGGACAGUCAGAGUGUCAACAGCAUCCAGCAAGAGUCUCCCUUUGAUCUCUCCAAGAGGAGAUUGGGAAUUGUCCAGCAGCAUUCAAUUUCCCAUUCAACAGGAGAAGAGCCAUUAGAUCUUAGCCUCCCCAGGCGCAAACGAGUGUCAUCUGUUGAGAACCUGCCCAUUAAAAAAUCUGAGUCCCACAGCCCCCUUAAUCACAGCAUUGGGAAUGACAAGACCCUAACUGAGCCCUCCAAGGGAUCAGACCUGUAUGCAAAGCCAAUGCCCCUGGUUAUGCCAGAUCCAAUCUAUAGGGUUAAUGGGGAUAUGCUCCCAACUAAGUUCAUGCGCAUGGACUACAGUCAUCUUUUUCCCAAUGCUGCCUUUCAAAACUUUCGUAAAUUUGAUCACUACCAUGCAGAGAAGAGCCUGACCAAGUCAGGCCUUAGUCCACCCCACCGCACCUACCCAAGUACGGUACUGUACCCUAGUAGUGGAGAGAAAAUGAUUAUGAGGAGCAAGGAUCGCUACACCUGCAAGUACUGUGGGAAGCUCUUUCCACGAUCGGCCAAUCUGACUCGCCAUCUCCGAACCCACACAGGAGAGCAGCCCUACUCUUGCAAAUACUGCGACCGAUCUUUCAGCAUCUCCUCCAACCUUCAACGCCAUGUUCGCAAUAUCCACAAUAAGGAGAAACCCUUCAAGUGCCCACUUUGUGAGCGCUGCUUUGGGCAGCAGACCAAUCUUGAUCGGCAUCUGAAGAAACAUGAGAAUGAGCGAGCUGAGGAGAUUGCAUUGUCCACAGCGGCUGAACAUGACGUUAUCAUAGCUGCCCGCCUGAUGGCCAAGACAAAAUCCUUCAAGGAGCCAAAUGACCUAAAUGAGAAAGAUGAGUCCUAUUUUGAUGAGAUCAAGAAUUUCAUUGAUGAUGCCAAGGAGAAAGAGGCCUUGCGACGGAAGUUGAUGGAGAUGGAAGCCACAGCAGCAGUCAUAGCCUCCAAACAGGUCCAAAGUCCAUCUGUCUGCAGUUCAUCAACAGAAGUGAAGGAGGGUGAACAUAGGCCAGAAAAAAUGGAAGAUGACAAAGGCGGGCCAGAGGAUAAUGAAGAAAGUGAUGGGGGGGAAGACAGAGAGAUGGAAGAUGUUGACAAGGAAGGGGAUGAAGAAGCACAGGAAGUUCAAGAGGAAGAAGAGAUAGUAAUCACCCCUGAGAAGAGAGAUGAAACGACGGAUCCAACCUCCAUCGACAGAGAUCACAGUAUUCCUCAAGAGGAGGACAUGUCUGACAGCAUGAAUGAAAGUGAAGAUUUGAGUGAUGGGGAAGAAGUCUCCAAGUCUCCAAGUAUCACCUCUGAUGAAGAUCCCCGCAUGGAGCAGUGUGCUUCAGAUGCUGUCCCAGUUGACUUCGGCCUCCCAAAAAGGGCAUCAGUGUUUGCCACUACUCAUGAGGCCCCCCAGCUGCCUGACGUUGACAUCUUGAGAGAGGGGAGAGCCAACCUUACUCGCCAUUCCAAACUCCAAGCUUAUUCUCUCAUGAUGGCACUGUCAGAUGAUGAAUCACGGAGAGGGGAUGGGGCACGAAGGUCUCUGCAUUCAACUCACCAUACUGCUGUUCACACUGCCACAUUGGUUUAAGCAGGUAUUUUCAAAAGGGUGGAGUCCAAGAGCCAUGACGCACCUUCAAAAGUCUUAAAAUUUUUUAAAUAUUCAAUCUUGAAUAGCUAAGUUCAGUAUCACCUCUAUUUUGUUGUUUAUAGUCAUGUGAAGUAGAUGAUUUAAUGUGACAAAAAACCCAAAUCAUUCUAAUGGCAAUGCUCCAAUUUCUGGACCUUUUGAAAGCUCAAACAUCUCGUACAGUCCACUCAAGCAAAAAUACCACCGAUCUAAUAUGUGACUGACAGCUGGAUGAAAGCCCACCUUAUUCAGAGAUGCCAUUCGCUGGCAACUCCAGUAGUUGAGUAUAUUGUAGUCAAUUAAUGUGUUAAAUGAGUUAUUCCAACUAGAGAUUGAUUUGUUUUUAUCCACCUUAAAUGUAUUUUCAAGAGUAAUCAAGAAAGCAAAUUGUCUAUUUAAUGGGUCUAUGAAUGAAUGAUCAAUGACAAUGUUAUUCAAAAAUUAAUGAAUGGGAUAUUCUUGUUACCACACUAUAUCAUAAAUGAUUGCUUAAUGCUAAAUUGUACAUGUACAUACAUGAGAUUAGUGUAUCUCCUUAAACUAAGUGUCAACUUUCAUCAAAGCUGUAUUUCUUUGAAAUUCUGCACAGAAAAUUACAUUGCCUUUUACAAUUGAAGUACAUUAUUUAGAGCAAAGCAGUAGUUUUUAAUGAUUUAAAUGCAGUAAUUUUUAUAAGAGUUUGUUGAACUGAUUACUUGAUUAGUUAUUAAAUAGUUUAUAUUUAUGUUUCUUGUUGAAAAGAAACAUGCAGAAAUGAAGUCAUGAUGCAGAAAAACUGUAGAUGCAGAAAAAUUGUAGUUUUGCUAUGUUGACAGUUGACUAAAAACGAGAUAUAUGCAUCUUUGCUGUCAGGAAGACUUGGUAUGCGUGAUCUCAUAUAAGACUUGUAGGUCUGCAUGGUGGACGUGAACAAAGUAUUGAAGGUUUGCAGUCACGCCAUGGAAAUUCAUCUCUAUUUGAGUUGUGCGAUCUUAAUUCACAUUCCCUGAGCAGUUGGAAUCAAAGAGUGCUUUUGUAAGUAUCCAUUGUUGCCAUGGAGUUUUCAAUUUGCUUGGUUAUCUGGGCCAAAGUCUCUGUGGGUCAUGCACCCCGAAACCAUGUUGAAGGCACAGAUUUUCUGAAUUUGCCAUCACUUGAAAUAUGAUUUCUUUAAAAAAAUGUCAUUGCCAAAUGUACAGGGUGUAGAGAAAAGACUCAGUUAUAUUAAUUCAAAUGGAAAAGUGAAUAAAACUAGUAGAAAAAGAGGUAGUUUCCCCAGGGAUACUAGUUCAGGAAAUUCCGUCCUCUCGAAAAAAUGGAACUCAAAUUGCAGAGAGAAGUUUGUGUAUGGUACAAUAAUUAUUGUCAAUUUUGUAUCUGUCAUACAACUUGUACAGGGCUGGUUCAGCAAGAAGCUCUUUCUUUGUGAUAGUUCCAAGUUAAAUUUCGGGGACUAAAUUUUGUGGAGAACAUACAUCGACUUGGGGCAGAUUGCCAACAUCAGUGUUAGUUGUAAGUUUCUUGAAACUGAUAUGUGUGAACAUUUUCUUGUACCAAACAGGCCAAAGAAAGGUUUAACUUUUCACAGCAUUAAUUAACUACUAUUUAGAAUUAGAGAGAGAGAGAGGGAGGGAGGGAGAGAGAUGCUCUUUUUAAAUUCAUUUUAAGUGUGAUGUAAAAAGUAAGUUAACUGUAUAUACUUCGUGCACAGUGCAGGUUUUUUUCUACCUUGUUAAUGUAAAAAUGACAGUUUGUCAGAUUGUUACAUUUUCAGCAGAUGUUUCUGCAUUAUCUUUGAGGGAGGGAGAGAGACUUUUGUCAUAGGUGACAAAAACAUUUGAGUGUUCCAUUUAAUAUAUGACGGCAGUGUGCAAAGAGUGAAUAAUGACAGCCGAAUGGAUAUUAUGCUUUUUACGUAUUGACGAGAGAUUUGAGGGCAUUGGGUGUUGCCAUGGUUUCAGUGAUAGUAAUCAAACUAAAACCAGAGCCCCAUAAGUCAGUCAGAAAUCCGACAAUUGAAUUUUUGUUUGCAGAACGCAGUAUUAAACAGAGCAUUCACUUUUUAGUUAACUGUAAUACCCUAUGAAAUUAAGGUAUAGCUUAUGUUGUGAGCAAAGCUUUGUUACUCAUGUUCAGAAAUGUCUUUACAUUGUCACAUAUUCAGUUGUCAUUUUUAAAUUUGAAAAAGCGUUUAUUUUGUAGGAUUAAUUUAUUAUGGCAUCCUGAACAACUGGAAUAUUUAGAAGAAACUUAGGUUUUAUUCGGAUUUCUUUUUUACAUUUCUUUUUUUUUGUUAAUCUGAGAGCCAUUCAGGGUGUGUGGUGUGCAUUUUACUUUGCAUAUACUGCCAACCAUAGUGCACAAAGUUUAUUUUUAUGAUCGUUGCUUGUCAUUUCAUAUGCUGCGAAACAUAUUUUGCUUUUAUGUACAGUAUACGUUUUUCCCUUCAGUUUAUGUUUUUGCCUUCUGAUGCGGCAUUUAUCUUUGUUUUCCUUGUAUUUAAAGACAGUACCCUGCCAAAUUAGUAAUUCUUAUAAACACAGACAACUUGUCACAUAUAUCUCCUUAAAAGGCUAAAAUUGAACAAUUAUUUUUGUUUUCAAGAAUAUUCAACAUAUCCUCCCUUUCUGAUUGUGUUUCCUACAAAAGUGAACAAAUUUUAUUACCUAUUAUUAAUGUUGUCAAAGCAUGAAUUGUUGUAGAAUUUUUUGGCAGUUAGCCCAUCCUUUCAUCAAGGUCAUUAUGGUUUGAGCUGACAGUUGACUAAGCGGCAAAGAUAGGACUAGAUAGACUGAGCAGAGACUACAGGUACGUAGUCCGAGUGAUGAAAUCACUUAGUCUUUUUAGUACUCGUUUCCACUAAGUUUGCUUUGUAGCCUCACCACUUGCUCAAGUUAGUGAUAUUCAAAUAAACUUUAGGUAGCAUCAACAGUGGCGGGUGGGGGGCAGUUAUAAGUGACCAUCAGGCAUCAGCCCCUGAUGGACAGAUCCAUUAAAACCUGCCUCAUUAUAAAGCCUGCCAAAA